ACGACCAGUACCCAGAGCAGCAAAGGUAGAAACUCAAGCCGUGCUGUAUGGUGUUAUAGUGGUAAAGUCUUGGACUGAAACAGACUAGGUAAGACUACCGGCUCUGGAUAAUAGAUACAGAUGUGGUCAAAGAAUACCGUACAAAUAACAAAAUCAAAGCAUACUUUAAAUAAUUAUUGUUGGCGCUCUACGUCCAACCUCUGUAACCGGUACAUAAUCCCACGCAAAUGAAAAUGACUUCUGGAUGCGGAUGUAUAGCGUGUUUUUGGAAAGAAAAAAUAUCACGCCGGUCAUAUCUUAACAGCAUUGGCGUUUUGAGUUAGGACCACAACGGUCAUAACGAUCAUCUUCACACGAUGGUGCAAAACGCAAACCAGAUGUACGCGUGCGCGAGUCCAAGAAACGGCGUGGAUCCUCCUCUUCGUCAGCGUCAUCGUCUUCCUCUGAUUCUAUGAGACCGGUACAAUCGAGUAGUCCUCCACAACAUUCUGAACCAAAACUAGGGGUUGGGCUUGGAGUGGAACUAUCCAUGGGAACUUGCAUGUGAUGACUACUGGUAUCGACGUGGCUCUGCAUGGAUGAUAUUUGGCUGUCACUAGUGCGCGAUGUUUUGAACGAGCAUGUGGAUGUAAUGUGUGGGGGCGUCAACUCGGGUGAAGGGAAUGAAGCAGGACGAAGACCCGACAAACUUGGAGGAAUAAUGGAUGGACGUAGUGAAGAAGAUUGUCUCAAUGGAGGCUCGUGCGAAGAGGAAGGCAGUUGAUUCGUUGUUAUUUUUUGAAAACGCGUUAUAGAUGCUGAAGCAGCAGUGAGAUGUCGCAGAAGGUCUGCAGAUACCUGUACCAUUUCAUGCGAGAGAGUCCCAGGACCCGACGCCCUUGCGAGCUCUAAUUCUUUCCUCAGCUGCACGUUCUCGUCCUCUGCCUUUCGACAUCGCUCCUCCAAUUCACUGACGUACUGUGCCUUGCGAGCGCGGUAAUCUCUUUGUUGGGUCAAAGCACGAGAUGCAGGGAUGGACAAGUCCUUUUUCCGACCUCUUACCAUGGCCAAUGAAAUGCUCUCCAAUAGAUGAGAAGAAAGAGGCGAGUUGACGUUGUAGAGAAUGUGCACU